AAAUAGAAAUUUGGGUUUAACAUACCUAAUAAUAUGUCGAUCUUUACACUGACUUAAUAUCACAACAGGGCGUUUAUCAUUUAUGAUAAAGGAAUUUUUGUUCUUUCGUGAUUUCUCAAAUUAAGGAUUAUUUUCUUUGUGACGUAACAGUGAUAUUUGGGGUAAACGGACAUAACGUUCUAACGAUGCCGGAUAAAAAUACUAGUUCAGAUAACAGGGACAGGGCUAGUGUUGCUAGUUAUGAUUCUACAGGGAAACAGAAGAGUUUCCGGCGUCUCUUCGCGAGGUUUGCUGAGAAAACAUCUAUGGUGGGAGUACCUUAUAUCCACAUGGCAAAAUUAUGGUGGGCAAAAGUGAUAUGGAGUAUCUUAUUACUGGGAGCAAUAGUUGUCAUGUCCUUGCAUUUAUGGUUUCUAUUUGACCAAUUUUACAGCUGGCCGGUAAAUACAAAAGUUGAACUAGGUUUUAAAGCUCUUGACUUACCACAAGUGACCAUAUGUAAUACAAACAUUAUGCAUAAGAAGCGAUUUUACAAUUAUAACGAGGCGGAAGAAUUAAGACAGUUAGUCGAAGACUUGGAACCGGAAAACUUUGUUUCCAACCAGUACGAUUCCAACUUUAGUUAUACUACAGACAGUACAACUUCCGGAUCUCAAACUACUCCAAUUCAAAGCGAAACAGGAAAUGUUAGUUGGUUAAUAGACACUUAUUUAUUUGAAAGAAGAAAAAGAUAUAUCCGAGAGUACGACAACGUAAAUGUUUCAAAAUACGAUCCUGAUUACGAAAAUUUUGAGGACGACUAUUAUGACGACGAAGACUAUUAUCUUGAACCCCGCGAAGAACAAACAGUAAUCAAAGAAUUGUUCACACAGCUGUAUAUGGACAUAUACAAGGGAGACCGGGACUAUCUUGGACAUCAGAUAUCUGAUAUGUUGAUUGAGUGUACAUUUAACGGAAGACAAUGCACGGCAAACCAAUUCCAACUACAUCAGACAUCGGAAUACGGGAAUUGUUGGACAAUAUCUGAGAGAAAGUUCAAGGUCAGGAAAGCUGGUCCUUCCACAGGUUUAUCCUUAAUAUUGUUCCUUGAGACAAACGAGUAUCUGAAAGGAAUAACAACUGGAUAUGGAAUUCGGGUAAACAUACAGAAACCGAAUACAUACCCGUUUCCGGCGGAUGAGGGUCUUUUCAUCCCAGCGUCUAUGGAAACAGAUAUCGCUUUAAAGCUGGUAAAUAUAACACGGCUUGGUGGUAACUAUGGAGACUGCAAUGACGGUGUUGAAUUUAAGAAGCUUUAUAAUACGACAUAUACACGAAGGGCGUGCCAGUCAUUUUGUCAGAUGUCUACAGUAUUCAAGGAUUGUUCUUGUUUCGACGACAACUGGGAAGAAUUUGCAUUCUUUGAGAACAAAAACCUGAAGCCAUGUAGAAGCAAAACCGAAGUAACAUGUCUUCUGGACAUAGAACGGAAGUAUUAUGCAGGAAACCUCACGUGCAGCUGUGACAACCCGUGCAGUGAGGCUACUUACACAAAGGUCAGCAGUCAAAGGCAAUGGCCGUCCAACGAAUAUGCUAGAGUGUUACUAGAGUGGGUAUGCGACCGGGACAUAAAAACCUGCGAAAUACUCAGGAAUGACCUUGACAAGCUCUGGGCAGUCAACAACAAUUUUAUGAAGCUGAACAUAUAUUUUGAAGAUCUUAACUUCGAAAAUAUCACAGAAACACCAGAGAUUGAGAUACAGCAAUUUUUGUCGGAUGUAGGCGGAGCGGUCGGCUUAUGGAUUGGUCUGUCCAUAUUAAGUUUAUGUGAAAUUAUUCAGCUUAUCAUUGAAUUGUGCUACUAUGGUGCCCAUAAGAUUAAUAAAAGAAAACGAACUAAUAAAAAUAAACGUGAUGUUGAACGAAAAGAUCACACUUCUGACGAUAUUCACAAAGACAAAGAAAAUCGCUGGCCUCAUACAGUAUUCAGUGCAAGAGAAAACCCGUACGAAGCUGGAAUGCCAUAUAACGAAAGAGAAAGUUUUUCAGACAACGAUAGACGUUACCGGGAACGUGCCAAUGGAGCUCGAUACUUUCCUGAAAACUUACGCGACCAUUAUGACGACAUACGUCACCAUGACGUAGAUUACGGAAGACCCAGAUCUACCCGCUGAAUAUAGUGAUGUUUUGGGAAUUAUAUUCGAUAGUCUAUUUGUUACUAACUUAAGUUUAGAAUCAAAGAAUAAAAAGACUGCAUGAUGAUUGUAUUGAUAUAUGUGGGACUGGUGAAUUUAAAUUCAUUAAACAGCAAUUACGUUAAGCAAACUACAUGUAUUGUUUUAACUUUAAGAUUUGUUUUCUUUUAAUGGUAAGGGACAUGUGCAAAUAACAGAAAUAAAUAUCUAACUAUACUUGGAUUCUUGUAUUUAAACUCCGUACAUUCAUAUCUACAGGUCUGUUGAAUUUGAUUCUCCUGCUGCUAAGGUACAUUGCACUUAAGAACUUUU